AUGGAAGCCUUGGUGACAGACAAUUUAACCAGGAUCUCAAAAUUCUUCCUCCUUGGACUGUCAGAAGUGCCUGAGCAUCAGUCCCUCCUCUUUAGCUUGUUUCUAUUCAUGUAUUUGGUCGGUGUGAUGGGGAACCUGCUCAUCAUCAUGGCUAUCAGCUUGACUCCCAAACUCCACACUCCCAUGUACUUCUUUAUAGCCAAUCUGUCCCUUGUUGACAUCUGCUUCACCUCUGUCACUGUACCAAAGAUGCUGCUAAAUAUUCAGACCCAGAGCCAAUCCAUCCCCUAUGCUGGGUGCCUCACUCAGAUGUAUUUUCUAAUUCUGUUUCUAGAACUGGACAAUGUCCUCCUGGCAGUGAUGGCAUAUGACAGAUACGUAGCCAUCUGUCACUCCCUUCACUAUGCUUCAACCAUGAGCCCCACAUUCUGUAUAACCUCAGUGUCUGUGGCUCUAAUUGUCACAAACAUCUAUCCCUUGAUCCAUACCCUGCUUAUAGAUACACUGUCAUUCUGUGCAAGUGUCCAAAUACAUCAUCUAUUCUGUGAACUCUAUGCAUUGCUAAAGCUCUCCUGCUCAGAUAUCCAUGUAAAUGAGUUGGUUGUUUAUACCCUGGGGAGCAUUCUUUUUGUUACGCCUUUCCUCUUCAUUUGUCUCUCCUACAUGCACAUUUUCUCAGCCAUUCUAAGAUUGCAUUCUUCUCAGAGUAAGUUGAAAGCCUUUUCCACUUGUAGUUCUCAUGUUGCAGUGGUGUCCUUGUUCUACGGGACCCUCUUUGGGGUCUAUCUGCAACCUUCCUCCUCAUACACUGUUGAAGAUUCUGUGGCCACAGUGCUAUACGCAGUGGUGACUCCCAUGCUCAAUCCCUUCAUUUAUAGCUUGAGGAACAAAGACAUGCAGCAAGCUUUGAGGGGCCUCUUCAGCUGGAGCAAGGUCCAGUCUUGGUGACAGCAGUUUCUGCUUCUUAGCAAGGGUGUGCUCUUUUUGCUGCCCCUUCAUGUGGGAAG